CAGUGUGAGUCAGCUGACAGCCAGCGGGUGUAUCGUCUCAACUGAGGAGACUCCAAAAAACGACAAUUAAAAACUCAGAUUGUCCUCACGAUCCGGAUCGUCUCCGCUUGCCGGGCACCCUGACAGCGUGGUACCCGGACACGUCGCUACGUCUGCCGCAGGAUGAGUCUGGCCAGCUCCGGGCAGAAGCCCAUCGCGGAGAUCGUCCACCCGCUGUCCGCCGAGGAGCCGUUCUGCCCGGUGCCAGAUGGUACCGUGAGCACCGGGGGAGACAAGGAAGCCGGGUUGACCAAUGGCACGCCUGUGGAGGCAUCAAGCCCCGCCUCCACAUCCUCACUGUUCAACCGGCUGCAGCUGGAUGAUGACCUGGAAGCAGACUCCCAGGACCCUUUCUCCUCCACAGAAACCCAAGACCUUUUCGUCACAGUGGAUGACCCAAAGAAGCAUGUGUCCACCAUGGAGACCUACAUCACCUACAGAGUGUCCACCAAGACGACACGGACAGAGUUCGACUUGCCGGAUUACUGCGUGCGGCGGCGUUACCAGGACUUUGAUUGGCUGAGGAUAAAGCUGGAGGACAGUCAGCCGACCCACCUCAUCCCUCCGUUACCAGAGAAAUUUGUGAUGAAAGGCAUGGUCGAUCGCUUCUCAGAGGAGUUUGUGGAGACCAGGAUGAAAGCUUUGGAUAAGUUCCUGAAGAGAGUCGCCGACCAUCCUGUCCUUUCCUUCAACCCACAUCUCAACACAUUCCUCUCAGCUAAGGACCUGAACAAGCGUCAGGGUUUGACUCUGCUCUCCAAGGUUGGCGAGUCGGUGAAGCAGGUCACUGGAGGCUACAAGCUGCGGGCGCGGCCGGUCGAGUUCGGCGCCAUGGGCGAGUACCUGGACACCUUCAGCCAAAAACUGGGAACCAUCGACCGCAUCACUCAGAGGAUCCUCAAAGAGCAGUCAGAGUACCUGACGGAGCUCCGUGAGUACAGCACCGUGUACUCCAGCUGGGCAGGGCUGGAGGACGAGCUGCAGCGCCCCCUGGAGGGCAUGGCAGGCUGCAUGGUGACGUGUUGCAGCGGACUGGAGGACCUGAGCGAGAACAUGAGCCAGGACUUCCUGCCAGUACUCAGAGAGUACAUCCUGUACAUCGAGUCCAUGAAGAAUGUUCUGAAGAAGAGGGAUCAGAGCCAAGCGGAGUACGAGGGCCGGCUGGAAGCGGCCGUACUGCGUAAACAAGAGGACAGAACACCUCAGAUCCCCGUGGAGGUGGAGAAGUGUCAGGACAGAGUGGAGUGUUUCAACGCGGACCUGAAGGCUGACUGGGAGCGCUGGCAGAGCAACAAGAAACAAGACUUCAAACAGCUGCUCACCGCCGCGGCCGACAGAAACGUCAACUACUACGAAAAGUGCCAAGCAGCGUGGGAGUCGCUCAUCACCGUCCUGCAGGACAAACAGACUGAGGACAAAACCAGUGAGAUGAACUGAAACACCUCCACGUCUCAUUAAACCAAUGCCAAGGACCAAGCGGCCAGCAGGGGUCACUGCUGGAAGACUUUGCCUCAUUCUGACGUCUGAUUGAAAGGUAAACAAACACCCGGCACACCUGGAGACGUCACAGGAGACGCCGCGUACAAUGUACAGAUUUUUUUCAUCUUCUUAUAGACUUUUUUCUAUUUCAUAUUUCCCAGCUAACAAACGGUUGCCAACGCUUCAUGUUUAUUUAACUGCAGUUUCUGAAAGCUGUCCUGAGUGUGUUGACUUUCACAUGCCAAGAAAAAAAUACAAGUAUUCUGAUGUUUCUAGAGGAUUGUUUUUCAUCUCAUAAAACACUUAUGGUACAAAAAUCUCCUACGAAAAACAGAAUUACAAACCUGUUCUGACUUCACCAGUUUAUUGUUUUAAAUCUGCGUGAGUCAAAACCACACUUGUUGAAGAAAAGGACCAUACAGGUGCUUCGUACCUCAGUACUGCCAACGUUUUGAUGUGUCAAACUCAAGGCCAACGCGCGAAGUCAGGGCGUGGAGUAAUACAUCAAGCGAAUGAACACAGGCCGGAUCCCCAAGGAUCUACUAAAAGGCGAGCUAGCGAAAGGUGUACGGCCACGUCUGCGAUACAGAGAUGUCUAAUACAAUGGUUGAAUAUUUUGCCAUGUCAGUGCAAUAUUUUAUGGCCUAAAAUCUCACACGAUUAACCACUCAGAUUUGCGGGACAAAUUUAAUUGGAUUAGAAUUGUUCUUUUUUUCCCAUACUGUUUAUUUUUGAAAGCUGUCAUUGAUCUAUAUUGUAAGAUGUUAUGAAUAUUGUUUGCCUCAUGUAUGUAAAAUAACAAAAAUGUAAUAUUAUCAAGACUGCAUGAGUUUUUGAGUGAUUCUGGUUACAAACAAACACACUUGAAAACAUGAUCUCUGUGCUCCACAUAAUAGAAUGCAAACAUGAACUAUGUCCCAUGAACUCAAUAUGGCUCUGAGCGUGAGCUGGACGCUCUGUCCUUCCAGAGCAUUUUUAACUUUGGAGACUAUUUAUCUGCACACGUCUAUUUCAAUUAACUGACAUUAAAUAUAAAUUUUCGAAUUGUUGAGACAGAAAUGUAGACUGACCUCAGACCUUUCAAGUCUUCGUCAAGGUGAAUUCUUAUUAGAAUCAGACCCAUUAUGACAUCAUAAAGGCCAGGAUUCAAAGCUAUCCCAGAUGUAUACAUGUUGAGCUCUGUCAUGUGUGAUGUGUAGGUAAUGCUUUAUAUGAUAUAGAUCAGUGCAGCAGCACCACCUGGUGGCCAGGCCACAUGCACUGUUCAUCUACUUUGUUGCAAAAAAUGUUGCGUAACUUUAUUAUUAUAACCAUUCAUACCUGCAGUCAGUUUUUCUGUCUCCUGUAGGAGCUUUAAGUCAGUUUGUGAUGCCACCAAAGUGGAGUAAAGUGUUGAGUAGAGCUGAAAAGAUUCAUAAAUGAUUAUUGUUUUUAUUUUGACACCAGUAUAACUGUCAGCUGUUUUGAUUGAUUAGUCAUUUAAGCAUUUACCACAAAAGAAAAUUCUAAAUUUUGAUUUAAUCCAGUUUCAUCCGUGUGAAGUUUUGCUCCUUUUUUGAUUCACUGAAGAUGGUGACUUAUUUUUAUUAAUUUUUUUUUAACCCAGUCUUGUCUGCUAUGGUAGCGCCUCGAAGCCACUUGAAACAUGCUCUAAACUGGUUUAAGUUACAUAAAAGUUUGAAACGGCUCUAAACCAAAACCAGGAAGUCUUGAAGUGGUUUUAAUUUGGGUAACGUGGGUGUAAUCAGGUUUUUAAAGCCCAGUAAAACGAUGCUGAUGUGCUUCUUAGUCAAAUAAAAUAGGUUUCAAACUGCUGGAUGAAGUGGUUUAAAUACCUCUAAUCCAGAUUGUUAAAACUGGUUUAACCAUAUUCUACAAACUGGCUUUAACUGACUGGUUCUUCAAUGGCACAUCCUGGCGGUGCGUCAGUAUCGUGCAGUAUACAGGUGAACCCCUUUAACUCGUGCAAGUUGGGGUCCACAAAAUCAGACCGUGAGUUAUCUGAAACUGCGAGUUAAUAAGGUUAACCACUAAAACUUAGCAUCAAUUAUAUACAGUAGUCUAAAUUUUCAGGGUCCACAAAUUGACCAUGAGUAAAGUUGAAAUGCGAGUUAUGCAUAUGCGAGUUAAUGGGGUUCACUAAUUUCUAUUCAGUCUAGGAGUGAAUUGAAAAAUGUUGACGGUUGAAAGGCGACUUCAGUGAAAACAAGUGGAACUACGUCAUUGUCGCAUUGUCAUUUGAGCUGGAGCUCUGAGCCGCCUCCUCAGCACUGACUCAUGGAAAAAACCCACUGAUUGAACAAAGACUUUCUGCAAUGUGUCAAACCAGCUGCUUUUUUGCUUAACUCUGGUUUCCUCUUUUUUUCUUCCUCUCUCAAUAAACUCUUGUAGGCUUGUUUUUAAGGAAACACCACUCUGAUAUCGUCACAGUUUACUUUUAAAGCAUGAAGUUGUCAGACUUUAUCCUAAUUAUGUCUCAGAGGACACUUACUGCACCAGUGACACAAAUUUUGUCUUAACGUCAAUGUGAAGGUGUUAAUUCCAAAAUCAUACCUCUGUGAUUGGAGAACAAACUUAUUGUGAAAUUAGGAGAUUUCAAAAAUCUCCCCACUUCUUGGUCUCAGAUCUGCUUAUGUUUCACAUAUUUUGUAGAUUAUGGGCCCAAUAUGAAAACUCCAAAAUAUUAGCUUCAUAAGCCAAAGAGGUUUCCCUUCAGAGGGGUUUCAAAAAAGGGGGCAUGGGACUAUUUUUGGAGCAGAUCCCUAUUUUCUAUCAAAAACUAGAAUCAAUAGCAAACCAAAUUAAUAAACCAAAGUUAAUUAGCCAUACGUAUUUGAAUCGUCAUCUUCCACCUUGUUUAGAUGUUAAGUUUAACUGAUGAUUGGCUACGCCUCUCAUUAACAUGUUCAAUUAUUUACCCGAUUAAAUGACAGCCACAUAAAAUAUUUUAAAGGUAGUUGAUUUAAUUUAAAUAAGCUUUAUUUGUUCUUUUCGUUUGUUCAGUGAGAGGCGGCAGCGCCACAGUGCACAGUUAGCAACCAUCAUUUGUUUGUUUGUUUUGUUUACAGAUAUGAUCACAUACCCUGUAGAACACAAGAGGGUUUUUUCUUUUGUACAAAAAGAAAAAAAGGUAAUUUUUGUAAUCGGGUAGUAAACAAACAAAAAUGUCCAUGAUUCCACAAGCAAAUCUUAAUUAAAUUCUUCUUGCUCACUGGUAGCUGUUGUGAAAUCCUAAUUUAUUGUUGCACGAUGACGGGUCAAAAAUGACACUUUUUUUUAAAGCUUUCUGUUAGGUGCCAGAAAUGAAAGUUGUACGGGAUCUAUUUUCUUACAACUUUGUGUUAAGAUUUUCCAAAAGGCAUCAUGAGUCUGCACGGCCACUUCAGGGUCCGUUCCCGACAUCAGAGGGAAUUCUUGUAAUUCUGUAAUAUUCAAAGGAAAUGUUUCUACUCAAACCUCUGACCUUUUCUUCCCGUCUUCAUUUUGUACUAAUUAACAUGUGAACAGAAAUCUGACUGAUUUGCAGCAGUGAGACGAACAUGUUUUUGUGUUCGUCCCGUUUACCUUCAGAGUCCCGAUUGUACAUUUGAUGUUAAAUAAAUAAGCUUGUAUAUUGAUGUUGUUUAAUGCAAUUAUCUUUACCUCAAAUGUUUUUGAUAUAUUGGAAUCAGUAAUAAAAUAAGGAAUUGAUUUAA